AUGGCUAGACGCUGGUCCACUGAGCCCCCCAGCUCCUCUGGACUCACUAAAGCGCAGGGAGAACCAGAGAAUGCUUUCAUAAAUCGAAAGCUUAACAACGAAAGCGCCAGUGACCGCAAUGGGCGCAGGAGAAAUGCUGCUGGCCAGCAAGAUUCUGAUGAGUUCUUGAUGAGGUUGCUAAAUGCGUGUAAAGACAGUAUCGAUCCUGGUUGUACACACCUCCACUCCAUCGACGACUACAACAUCACCAAAGACCUUGGUUUCUCAAAUGUCAUGAUCGCAAAGAAUAGCCAUAAUCAUCCUGAUCUGCAAACUGCCCUGGUAAAUUCGACAUGGCUGGACGUUGAAGAUAUGCCGGUAACAUGCGGAGCCUGCAAUCAUACGAGAGAUGUCAAGAAGUUCAAGUCGAUCGAAGCCGCGCCCGAGUAUCUUCGGAUUAACCUGGAACUGAAUACUUUUGACAAAAAUGGAGACCAAGUAUUCGACAAGGAUGACCAAAGCCUGCCGAUCAAGAAUACGCACCCCAUCAUCAUACCCAAUGAGCUCGAUCUCACUGCGCACGUUAGUCCUCCGUCUUCACAGCUCCGGUACAAGCUCAUUGGCAAGAUCAUUCACUCCGGUAAUCUCACGCGAGCGGGUCAUUAUACCGCAUGCGUGACAACCUGUCCUCGAAAAGGCAGACAGAAGAAGGACAGUCCACCACCAAUAAAACACUACUUUAUCAAUGACGAUAACCAUCUCUUCCCUUUUCCAGGGACCGACAUACACCCGCUCACUCAUAAUCCAGAGACCCAAGGUGGCACCGAUUUUGAGGCCUCGACUCUGAUAUACGAAAGAUUGCCCAACAGACCAGGGCCAGUUGCUGAGCUGUAUGAGCCACCUGGAAGAACUGGCGUUGUCGGGGUCGUAUGGAGGAAGGGGAAGAAGGAAGGGGAUCAGGGUGAGAAGAGAAAGAGUGAUGAGAUAGAAGAUGAGAAAGUCGAGGAGAAAAACACUAAGGAGACAGAUGAAAGUAAGGGCAAGAAGGAGGCAUCUGAUGUGCAAAGUCAGGAGCAGAAACCGAAGAAACGGUCAAAGACUUCCGAAUCUACUGACCAAAGCUCUUGGGAUACCCUCCGUCAGGCUUACAAACUGACAAAGAUCCCCGGACCUCUGGACCAGCGCACUUGGACUGCCUAUAGUCAGCUUGAUGGUUUGUCGAAGACCCACUCCUAG